AUGAUCUGGAGCCCCUACCUGAACCCGUAUAAAAAUGCAAUUACCAACGAGCUCUUUAUUUCAGCGAGCAUUGGCAUGUAUCUACAUUUCCCUGGUGAUGACAUCGAUUCACCCUUGCUUUCGGAGUCUGCUACGGGCGGCAUGAUUUCUAAACCGCAUAAUCCUACCCAUCUAAAUGCCGCAGUUGCUGCAUACGACUGGCUGAAGAACUCUAAUAUGACCGAUGAAAAUGGGUUAUAUGCGGAUGGGUUCCACAUCCAAGGAUGGAGGGACAAACGUAAUCCUGGUACUAGGAAAUGCGAUGUUUUGGAUACGAUGGUAUACACCUACAACCAAGGGGUUUUGUUAAGCGGACUCAGGGAUCUUUGGCUUGCCACUGGAGCCAAAUUCUAUCUAGAAGAUGGUCACCAGCUGGUAGAAAAUGUGAUCAAGGCGACCGGAUGGCCAAAUACUUCUAUCCAAAAAUGGCAUGGAUUGGGACGCGCUGGAGUUCUUGAGGAUGCCUGCGACAGUUCAGGAAGCUGUUCGCAAAAUGGCCAAACAUUCAAAAGCAUUUUCUUCCAUCAUUUCACCGAAUUCUGUCGCCCUCUCAUAAACGAAGCAGAAAAAUAUUUCUCUGCCUCCACUCGCAACCAGCAAACAGCCGAACGGAUCGGAUCACAGAGGCAAGACUAUGAAUGGCACCAAGAAAAAUGUUCUUCUUAUUAUUCUUGGGUGGCACACAAUGCGAACGCUUCGUACAUGACGAAGGAUGAGAAAGGAAAGUUCGGUAUGUGGUGGGGGAGACCGUAUCCGUACUCCAAUCUCCAUCCCACCCAAACAUCUCCCUUGCCAGAUGGUGCAGUUGAUUUCAUGAACGAAGACCCGUUUGCAGAUGUCGGUGAUGAGCCCCAUCGGCAAAUGCUGAAAAGUGCAGAUGGUAAUAUAUACUUUGGGGGAUAUAGGAAGUCUCCUUUCGUGAAAAAGAAGAAGAUUGAACGGAUAUCCCGCCCAUCUCCCCGCCAGCAGAAUCCUGCUGUCUUUGAGGAUGUGAAUGACCGUGGCCGGGGACGAACUGUUGAAACCCAAUCCGGUGCUGUGGCUGUCCUUCGAGCCUUGUAUCAAUGGGAAAUGGCUCGUAAAUAG